CGCGUGACGCGCGGCGUGUUCCCGCCCUUCCCUUCGCUGGCUGUUCCUGGCGGGAACUCGGGCGGCUUGCUGACGCCGGCGAUUCUAACUGCCCUGAGUCUGGCGGCCCUCGGCUUCUUGGGCCUGACAUUCUCGGCUUGGGGAACGCAGCUAAGACUCCGUGACCGCCUAGGCCCUCUCUCUGUCCGGGAAACCCCAGGAACGAGCCGGCGGCGUCCACGCUCCGAAGACGAGAGUCUGAAAGGCCCAGGCAGUGCCUGGGAGGGAACACGCGAGGGGAGCCGGGGAGAACAGGGUGAAGUAACCAUGCAGGCGUUUCUAAAAGGCACAUCUAUCAGCACUAAACCACCAUUGACCAAGGAUCGAGGAGUAGCUGCCACUGCCAGAAGUAGUGGAGAGAACAAGAAAGCCAAACCUGUCCCAUGGGUGGAAAAAUAUCGCCCAAAAUGUGUAGAUGAAGUUGCUUUCCAGGAAGAAGUGGUUGCAGUGCUGAAAAAGUCUUUAGAAGGAGCUGAUCUCCCUAAUCUCUUGUUUUAUGGGCCUCCUGGAACUGGAAAAACAUCCACUAUUUUGGCAGCAGCUAGAGAACUCUUUGGGCCUGAACUUUUUCGAUUAAGAGUUCUUGAGUUAAAUGCAUCUGAUGAACGUGGAAUACAAGUUGUUAGAGAGAAAGUAAAGAAUUUUGCCCAAUUAACUGUGUCAGGAAGCCGUUCAGAUGGGAAGCCAUGCCCUCCUUUUAAGAUUGUGAUUCUGGAUGAAGCAGAUUCUAUGACCUCAGCUGCUCAGGCAGCUUUAAGACGUACCAUGGAGAAGGAGUCUAAAACCACUCGAUUCUGUCUCAUCUGUAACUAUGUCAGUCGAAUAAUUGAACCUCUGACCUCUAGAUGUUCUAAAUUCCGCUUCAAACCUCUGUCAGAUAAAAUUCAACAGCAGCGAUUACUAGACAUCGCUGAUAAAGAACAUGUCAAAAUUAGUGAUGAGGGAAUAGCUUAUCUUGUUAAAGUGUCAGAAGGAGACUUAAGAAAAGCCAUUACAUUUCUUCAAAGUGCUACUCGAUUAACAGGUGGAAAGGAGGUCACAGAAAAGAUGAUCACAGAUAUUGCUGGGGUAGUACCGACUGAGACAAUUGAUGGAGUACUUGCUGCAUGUCAGAGUGGCUCUUUUGACAAACUAGAAGCUGUGGUAAAGGACUUAAUAGAUGAGGGCCAUGCAGCAACUCAAUUUGUAAAUCAGCUUCAUGAUGUGGUGGUAGAAAAUGAUAACCUUUCUGAUAAGCAGAAGUCUGUUAUUACAGAGAAACUUGCUGAAGCAGAUAAAUGCUUAGCUGAUGGUGCUGAUGAACAUCUACAACUAAUAAGCCUCUGUGCUACAGUGAUGCAACAGUUAACUCAGAAUUGUUAAACCACACCCAGUUAUGUAUGCUUUUUAACUGAUUUGUAAUAAAAAUGACCAAAGCACCCUUAAA